AUGCAACGGACGUCAAAGCGGCUCAUCGUUCGCGAGGGUCACCAGACGGAACUGCCCUGCGACCUCCGCAGCGCCUCUUCCAAUGACUCCCUGGCGGUAGUCCACUGGUACCACCAGCCGGAGAAGGACUACCACGCUGCCAGCGGAAGCGGCGUCCCGCACCCUCAGGCCUCCGGCCGGGAGCCCAUCUACACGGUGGACUUCGGUCCGGAUUUGAGCCUGAGCAAGGAAGCGGCGGGUGGCUCCGGAGCAGGGCGCGGCAACAACCUGCUCCAGGUGAACCGGUCGGCGGGCACGGGCUGGGUCGGGCGAGCCUACUUCUCUAUCAUCGGGCACCCGGCGUCGCUGAAGGUGAACAGCGUCCGCUUCGAAGACGCCGGAGUGUACACCUGCACGGCCGUGUUCAGGGACGGAGCGAGGAGGAACUCCACGGUGCGACUCCACGUCGUCGCGCCUCCUGAGCCUCCGGUGAUUCGGGAUGGCGCGGGCAAUGAACUUCGAAGCACCAUCGGUCCCUACAACGAAGGGAGCACCCUGGCACUGGUCUGUGUUGUAUAUGGGGGCAAACCCAAGCCGACGCUGGUGUGGAGCGGCAUCCCGGAGGGCAUGAUGUCCGAGAUCCGGCCUUCGUCGGAAGCUCAGCUGACCACCUCGACGCUGCUCAUCCACGCGCUAAGACGGGAAGACCUGCGCACGACGCUGGACUGCGCCGCAUCCAACAACAUCUCGUCGCCGGCGUCCACGUCCGUCACGCUGGACUUGAACCUGCGUCCCGUUGCGGUUAAGAUUCGCCGCGGGGACAUCCCAAUCUCGGCGGGACUUCCGGCCGAGAUCGUAUGCGAGGUGUGGGGAUCCCGGCCGCCUCCGGUGGUCACGUGGUGGAAGGGCCUGCAGCAGCUGAACCACACCUUCGUGUACGUGUCCACGGACGGCAACGUGACCACCAGUGUCGUGUCCUUCACGCCCGCCAGCGAGGACCACGGCUCGAACCUCGCCUGCCGCGCCAAAAACCCGGCCAUGGUCGAGAGCGUGGAGGAGGACACCUGGAGCAUGGACGUGCAAUACAAGCCCAAGAUUUCGCUUCAGCUGGGCACCAAGUUGAACCUGGAGAACAUCCAGGAGAACAACGACGUGUACCUGGACUGCCGAGUGGACGCCUACCCAGCCGUGGACGAAGUCAGCUGGCAGUUCAACGGCCAGGACUUGCAGGCCUCCGAGAACCUCCUGGUCAGCAAGAACUUCCUGGUGAUCCAGCGGGUGCAGACGCACCACUCUGGCUUCUACUCCUGCAGUGCCGAAAACGCCCAGGGCCGCACACAGGGAGACACGCUGCAGCUACGCGUGCAACACGCCCCCUUGUGCAAGGAAAACCAGAACGUGGUGUACGCUGCCUCUCGGCACCAGGAAGUGGAGGUGCACUGCGAGGUGGAGGCAGACCCGACCAACGUAACGUUCGAGUGGCACUUUAACAGCUCCAUUCAGAACAGACCAAUCAAGAGCUUUACUAGCCACGGCACACGCAGUGUCGCAAGCUACAUUCCGCACAGCCACACAGAGUACGGCACGCUGCUGUGCACGGCCUCCAACCGCAUCGGAAAACAGAAGAUGCCAUGCCUUUUCCACGUCGUUCAAGCAGGGCCUCCGGGUCCCGUGGAGAACUGCUCCAUCACGAACCAGACGGAAGGGUCCCUUCACCUCGAGUGCCAGGCCGGCUCGGACGGACACUUGCCGGCCCACUUUCAGCUGACCGUGCACGACGCCAUGACGGCCGCGCUGUCGGCCAACUUCACGGCCGACCGGCCGGACUUCUGGGUGCACGAGCUCCUGCCGGGCGUCGAGUACUUCCUGGUCGUGUGGGCUGUCAACGAGCGGGGACGAAGCCCGGAGCUCACCAUCCUGCCGCCCAUUAUGCCGCUCGUCGGAAAGCUCACCAAGUCCGGUAAUACUGUGAAGAUCUCCUCAAACGCGCUGCUGGUGACCGUUGUCUCAGCGGUUGCUCUGCUCUGCUUGCUGCCAGUUUUCGUCCUCGCGGCAGUCAAGUUGAAAAACAAGAGGUUCUUUGUUAAGACUCGCGAGACAAAAAAGGAAGUAGUCGACGAAGACGCUUGUCCUUCAACCACAGCGGCGAGUCCGGAAGAAGCCACGCAGCUCCAGAUCUCGUCCAUUUAUCCCAAGGAGGACAACCAACUGUGGAUCGUCAAGAAAAGCACCGGACUAUGA